GCUUGACAUUGGAAGAACGCCUAGAUGGGCUGCGACAAGUCAACUUGGACGGCAUGGAAGGUCAGGCUAUCCUGGUCGAACUGGGAAUGGCGUACAGCUAUCAAGGCCAACAAGGGGGGAACACGACACAUGCCUCUAUUAUCUUGAACCAUAUUCUGGAUACGCUGGCAGACGUCCUAAAGAACGCAGAGGAGACGAUUCGCUUUCUUCCUUUGUCUGACAGUGCCUACAAGAAGUCUAAGCAGUGGAUCCGAACGGAGGCGGAUCUUUGA